UCGGACAAGUUCCAUUUUCGGUUUUGUUCUCACACGGUCACACCUGGAAGCAGCUAGCGGCAAAAAUCUCGUAUCUCUAAAAUGUGCAGAAGUCCGAAAGCUUACGAGAUACGAUAGAGGAAAGUAACAAGAACUGCAUUUUCUCUCGCUUCUGGUAGAGUGGUAGAGUGGUAGAGUGGAGGAGAGUGAGUGUGUGAUCAGUGAGAACUGAGAAGGUCUGCGGGUUAAGGAAAUGGCGAACCCGCCGAAGCCAUGGAAAGUGGAGUAUGCAAAGUCGUCGAGGUCGUCCUGCAAAACAUGCAAGAAUAACAUAGACAAGGAGAAACUUAGAUUGGGGAAAAUGGUCCAAGCUACCCAAUUCGAUGGUUUCAUGCCUAUGUGGAACCAUGCUUCUUGCAUUCUCAAGAAAGCAAACCAAAUUAAAAGCCUUGAUGAUGUUGAAGGCUUAGACUUACUUCGUUGGGAGGACCAGCAGAAGAUAAAAAAGUAUGUAGAGAGUGGUCCAUCCUCAAAUAGUACUGCUGUUGCUGUUAAUGAUUGUGGUAUUGAAGUUUCACAGACCUCUCGUGCUACUUGUAAGCGCUGCAAUGAGAAGAUUAUCAAAGGAGAGGUCCGUAUAUCAACGAAACCUGAUGGACAGGGUACAAAGGGCCUGGCAUGGCAUCAUGCCAACUGUUUUGUGGAAUUAUCUCCAUCCACACAGGUAGAGAAAUUGUCUGGUUGGGAUAGUCUUUCAGCUCAAGAUCAGAAAGCUAUUCGUGCACUGACUAAAAAGGGUACUUCCACCGCUAGAAAUGUUGACACACAAGAGAAUAAAGAUUUGCUGCAACAAUCAACUUCCACAACUGGCACUAAACGGAAAAAGGGUGUUAGCGGUGAACAGAAGUCAAAAGUUCCUAAAGUAGAAGAAACUGUUUCUGGGACCAAGUCUCCUGCUGAAGGCAAUGAUUCUGAGCUGGAGCAGAAGCUGGAGGCUCAAACCAAGGAAUUGUGGGCCAUAAAAGAUGAACUCAAAAAGCAUGUCACGACGGCAGAGUUGAGAGUGAUGCUUGAAGCCAACAAUCAAGAUACGGCAGGAUCUGAACUUGAUUUGCGAGACCGUUGUGCUGAUGGAAUGCUAUUUGGAGCACUAGCUAGCUGCCCCAUCUGCUCUGGUUCUUUACAUUACUCUGGAGGUGAAUAUCGUUGCCAUGGGUAUCUGUCAGCAUGGAGCAAAUGUUCUUACUCAACUACUGAACCUGAACGUCAAAAGGGAAAGUGGAAAAUCCCUGAGGAAACCAGUAAUGAGUAUCUUUGCAAGUGGUUCAAAUCACAAAAAGCAAAGAAACCUGUUCGUGUUUUGCCCCCACCAUCUUCUAACAAAUCUAGUCAAGCUGCUAUUGGCCUGUCUCAGCAGUCCAAGGGAGAAAGAUUGGAAGAUUUGAAAGUUGCAAUAGUAGGGCUAUCUACGGAAUCCAUGGAAGAGUGGAAGAGGAAAAUAGAGGGAUCAGGUGCAGUCUUUCAUGCUAAGAUCAAGAAAGACAGUAACUGCUUGGUUUUGAGUGGGGAGAUGGAUGAUCAGGAUCCUGAGAUUAGAAAAGCAAGGAGGAUGAAAAUACCCAUUGUUAGGGAGGAUUAUCUGGUUGAAUGUAUUAAAAGGCAGAAAAAACUUCCAUUUGAACAAUAUAAAAUUGAAACAGUUGGUUCUUCAAGCAUGGUUACUGUGAAGGUCAAAGGGCGGAGUGCAGUUCAUGAAGYCUCUGGUCUGCAAGAUUCAGGUCACAUUCUUGAGGAUGGGAAAAGCAUUUAUAAUACAACCUUGAAUAUGUCUGACCUGUCAACUGGCAUUAACAGUUACUACAUCCUUCAAAUUAUCCAAGAGGACAAAGGGUCAGGGUUCUAUGUGUUCCGUAAGUGGGGGAGAGUUGGUAAUGAUAAAAUUGGUGGAAGCAAACUAGAAGAGAUGUCAAAGUCAGAUGCAACCCAAGAAUUCAAACGUUUAUUUCUGGAGAAGACUGGGAAUCCCUGGGAAGCCUGGGAACAGAAACAUAAUUUUCAGAAGCAACCAGGCAGAUUCUACCCAUUAGACAUUGAUUAUGGUGUCAACAAGCAAGUAUCACAAAAGAAAAAUUGGAAUGGUGCCAACAGCCAACUUGCCCCUCCAUUGGUAGAACUAAUGAAGAUUCUGUUCAAUGUUGAAACAUACAGGGCUGCGAUGAUGGAAUUUGAGAUAAAUAUGUCUGAAAUGCCCCUUGGAAAGCUAAGCAAAAGCAACAUCCAGAAGGGGUUUGAGGCAUUGACAGAGAUACAGAAUCUAUUAAAUGGUAGUAACCAUGAACCUUCUGUCAGAGAGAGCUUAAUUGUUGAUGCUAGCAAUCGCUUUUUUACUUUAAUCCCUUCUAUUCAUCCACAUGUCAUUAGAGAUGAGGAAGAUUUUAAGUCAAAGGUGAAAAUGUUAGAAGCCCUACAAGAUAUCGAAAUUGCUUCAAGAUUAGUCGGUUUUGAUGUUGAUGAUGAUGAUUCCCUUGAUGAGAAGUACAAAAAGCUUCGUUGCAACAUUACUCCACUGCCUCAUGAUAGUGAAGAUUAUCGUUUGGUUGAAAAGUACCUCCUUACCACUCAUGCACCCACGCACAAGGAUUGGAGUCUUGAACUGGAAGAGGUUUUUACACUUGAAAGAGAUGGAGAAUUUGACAAGUUUGCACCUUACAGAGAAAAACUUAAAAAUAGGAUGCUUUUGUGGCAUGGUUCGCGCUUGACAAACUUCGUAGGUAUCCUCAGUCAAGGUUUGAGAAUAGCACCUCCAGAAGCUCCAACUACUGGCUAUAUGUUUGGCAAAGGAAUCUACUUUGCUGACCUGGUCAGUAAGAGUGCUCAGUAUUGCUACACGGAUAAAAAGAAUCCAGUGGGUCUGAUGAUUCUUAGUGAAGUGGCCUUGGGUGAGGUCUAUGAACUAAAGAAAGCGUUGUACAUGGAGAAACCUCCAAAAGGGAAGCACUCAACCAAGGGCCUUGGCAUGAAGAAACCUCAGGAAUCAGAGUAUGCCAAGUGGAGAGAUGAUGUGAUUGUGCCAUGUGGGAAACCGGUGUCAUCAAAUGUCAAAUCCUCUGAGCUAAUGUACAACGAGUAUAUUGUGUAUAAUACAGCUCAGGUCAAGAUGCAGUUCUUGUUGAAGGUGAGGUUUCAGCACAAAAGACAAGGAAACAAAGGUGAGUGAUGCUCCUCACUUCUGAAAGGUUGUCUUUUCAGGGGAAUGAUAUUUGGCUUUCUCGCAGUCGUGUAAAUAAAGAAACAGAUUGGGUCUUCUUUUUUGUGGCUGGGGUUGUAAAGAAAAUGUAGCCUCUUUUCUAGUUUUCUUCCAUCAAGUCUUUUCCUGGUUUUGGUGAGAGUGAGAUCUCAUUUUGGAUCUUCACGAGGUCCAUCAAAGUUCUGUUUCGUGAAACUUGUGAAGCAAUUAAGGAACAGAAAACAAGUUAAGAUGAUC